UGUACUUCACUAGCUAGUAGCAAUUAGUAACCGAAUUCACGGGGUGCCAUUAUAUCUCAAAACUUUAGCACCACAAGGAUAAAAAUCCAAUCUUUUGUUUUUUUUUCAAAUGAUAUUUAUGUGUGUUAUUUUUGUGUAUGAAGAGUGAGUAAUUAGUAAUAUUACAUUCUACCUUUUUUCUAUGUUGAUGCUUUUGAGUUCAAUGAUAGAUAGGGUCAUGUUCAUAGCAAAAAUGAUAGGUCAUUUUCUUGUAGGUCCCAUGAAGUAGCAUUUGAUGUAAAUGCUCUACUAUUAUUGCUGUGUUUUUGUUGGGGGGUCUUGAUUGAUUGGUUUAGGGUAUUUAUGAUUAGGGAGGUUGGUUGUUGACCUUAAUUUAGAAAGUAAAUCAAAGGGCUAACACUGGCUACUGUUUGUUUUCUGAGUGCUAAAAGUCAUGCUAUGUUUAUAUAAAUCACCUUAUGUGGGUCUUUUGUUGGGGAGGCUCCUUCAAUUAGCAACUACUUCUGACAUUGUGGUGGUGAUACAUGCUAAUUAUUUGUUUGAAGCUUCCAAUGUUGAAAGGGAAGUUUUGCUAACUGUAGGAGGAGAUCAAACACAUCACUGCCUUAGGGGGAAUACCUUGCAGGUGUAGUUUAAGGAAUUGAUAGUACUUUCUGUUCAUGCUAUGAAGUAAUUAUAAGAUGUCCUUCUAAAUGGUAGUGAAGUUUAGUUUUUGGAAAUUGGUGUAGAGUUUACCCUGUGCAGGAGCUAAGCUAUUUGGUUUGCAUUUAAAAUUUACCAGGACAAAGUACAAAUUAUAAAUGUAUGAUACCACUAAACUGCAGCCACCUAUCUGCCUGCCAACCCAUGUUUGGGAUUUGCAGAACAUUGUUGAUUUAAUGUUGUCAUUGUAAGAUUAAUGAUGAUUGCCUUAGCAAUUAGUACUACAUUAGUUAUUUUAAACUUGUUGCAGUUUCACAUUUUUUAGGUGUCACAAAUGCUCCUCCUAUGUGUUUUUAUGAUUUCUCUACUGAAUCCACACAGUGAUUCUUGAUACCUUUUGCUUCUUGUGAAUAGUUAGUCCAAUUUUUGUGUGGUUUCUUUGACUUGUUAAAUUUCCUUAGAGAUUUGUUUUACUUUUCCUUCUUCUAGAGAACCUGUAACAGCAGCAAUUUCAUUUGAACUAUAGUUUGCAGAGUGCUGAAUUUCUGAGCACUUCUGAUGGAGUGGAAUUCAAAAUCGCCCUCGCAGUGGGACUUGGAGUACUUAUCAUUCUUCAAUCCAAAAGCAACAGAAAAUCCAAAAUUACAACCAGUUAACACGAGUGCUGAAGAGAACCAAGAAAUCAAUGCUGGGAUGUUGGACACAUCUGGUGGCAGUGGUUGUUCGGGGUCUGAGCUAAUACAUGCUUCUUCAUCAAGGAGUUCAAAAUCAAAUUCUAUCAGCUCAUCAUCAAAUAGGGAUAGCAAAACAUCUACAUUCACUUUUGAAAGUUCCAGUGGUAAAAAAGAAUUAUCUAAAGAAGAGCCAGUUGAAACUUCUCAGGCACCAGAGCCUUCUUCUGUCUCUGGUGAACCAUUGCUCACUCUGAAGCUCGGUAAGCGUUUGUACUUUGAGGAUGGGUACCCAGGAAGUGAUUCUAAAAACCUAUCUUUCUCCGGGGCUCCUAUUUCAUCUUUGAACACAGGAAAGAAAUGUAAAUCCAAUGGUCAGGACAUACAUUAUCCAUGCUGCCAGGUUGAUGGCUGUGGCCUUGACCUUUCAUCAGCUAAAGAUUAUCAUCGCAAGCAUAGAGUUUGUGAAAGUCAUUCCAAAUCCCCUAAGGUGGUCAUUGCUGGUUUGGAACGUCGAUUUUGUCAGCAAUGUAGCAGGUUUCAUGGACUGCUAGAGUUUGAUGAAAAAAAGCGAAGCUGCAGACGCCGUCUUUCAGAUCACAAUGCUAGGCGACGUAAACCUUAUCCUCAAGCUGUCCAACUAAGUCAAUCAGCUUUGUCUUCACCUCACUGUGAUGGGACACAACAGAUGAGUCCAUUUGCUUAUUCAAGGACUACUACAAAUGUAGCUUGGCAAAACAUUCACAGAAGCAAUGUCAACCAUACAAAAGAUCUUUUCAUGAAGCCUGCAAAAGCCAGUAAUGAGAUACCAAAUAUUUUCUCCAUUCUUUCUGAUGAUUCCAAUAUCUGUUUUGCAUCCAAAGGCAUUGCAACCAAGAACAUUAAUCCAGGUAUAGAAGAUAACAUUACCUCGGAAGCAAAUGCUACACAAGAUUUUCACAGUGCUCUCUCUCUUCUGUCAACAAAUUCAUGGGGUUCAUACGAGACAAAACCCUUUUCUCUAGAACAGCCCAAUCACACAACCAGUAACACUCAGCCCAUGAUAAAUGCUAUGAGUCCACGCUUUCCUCCUGCGUCAUCUGAAUAUUGGCACGCUGAUCAACAAGUGAAUUCCACCGCGUGGAUCUCGUACUCAAAUUCUGAUGACAGUAACCGCUUUCAUGAAUUCCCACUUUUCAGAGACACAUACGAGUCUGGUUUUCCUUACGACCAGUUGGGUUAACACGAAUGUUCUCAUCUGAAUAGUUUCAACCUGAUGAUCAUGCACACCAGGUUGCACCUCAGUUCUUUUGCUCGAUUUGCUGUUACUAUCUUGUUCAUCAAUGGUUCACUGUAUGUCUCCUGAAGUUGAAUCUCCUCUAGGAGUAACACUAAUAUCAUGAUAGUUCAACAUGAUCAAUAUCACUUGAUGAAUUCUCGGUCUAAGAAGAUUUCCUUUACCCCUUUGUAUUGCACAUGUCACAGAAAACGUGCAUCACUCAAGUGUUUUUCCUUCUAAUGAUUUGUUGACCUUUAUAGGCGAUUUAACUUCUACUUAUUAUGUAUUCGACUUUGCAACUUAUCUCUUCUACGUUUAUAAAUUAAUCUCCCCGUUUCGAUGUUGGAUCGGGAUCCCCGGUCCCAAAA